GCGGGAGAGACGGAUGGCGGAGGGUUAGACGGGAUGUAGAGUGAGCGAAGACAGGAACAGGAAAGUGGGGAGAAACGGAACGGCCUGAGAGAGUAACGGAGACCGCGGUGUGAGGCUGUGAUGGUACUGAGUGUGAGCAGGGUAUAGGAGGCUAUUAUUACACUGUGAGUGUGAGCAGGGUAUAGGAGGCUAUUAUUAUACUGUGAGUGUGAGUGAGAGCAGGGUAUAGGAGGUUAUUAUUAUACUGUGAGUGUGAGUGUGAGCAGGGUAUAGGAGGCUAUUAUUAUAGUGUGAGUGUGAGCAGGGUAUAGGAGGCUAUUAUUAUACUGUGAGGGUCUGAGUGUGAGAAGAGGAAGUUACACUGAGUGUGAGCAGGGUAUAGGAGGUUAUUAUACUAUAAGGGCCUGAGUGUGAGAAGAGGAAGUUACACUGAGUGUGAGUGAGAGCAGAAUAUAGGAGGUUAUUAUACUAUAAGGGCCUGAAUGUGAGAAGAGGAAGUUACACUGAGUGUGAGCAGGAUAUAGGAGGUUAUUAUACUAUAAGGGCCUGAGUGUGAGAAGAGGAAGUUACACUGAGUGUGAGCAGAAUAUAGGAGGUUAUUAUACUGUGAGGGCCUGGUGGGCACUGAGUAUAUGUAAGGGGAGGUUAUAUUGAGCCAGAGAUGAGGAAGUUACACUGAGUGAGAGCAGGCUAAAAGAGGUUAUUAUACUGUGAUGGCCUGGUGGGCACUUGGUGUAUGUGAGGGGAGGUUAUCUUGAGUGAGAGUAAGUUAUAGGUUAUAAUACUGAGCAGGUUAUAUUGUGGGAGAGCUAUAGCGGUUGUUGUUGUUAUACUGUGAGAGGCUGGAAUGGACUGACAGCACGGUGACAGGACUAAGAGAGACACCGAUAUCAUGAAGCAGAGUCCGGACUAUCCAAACCUGGCCAGACUGGCCGUCAUCCAGCACCUCCGCUCCUAUGGCAUCAAAAUCAAACACUGGAACUGCAAGCAACGUCCUGACACAGGGAAAGGACAGCCUAGUGUGAGUAUACUGUUUGCUUACAUAGCCAGCCCAGUGUGAGUAUACUGUCUGCUUACAUAGCCAGCCCAGUGUGAGCAUGCCGUCUGCUUGCGUAGCCAGCCCAGUGUGAGCAUGCCGUCUGCUUGCGUAGCCAGCCCAGUGUGAGCAUGCCGUCUGCUUGCGUAGCCAGCCCAGUGUGAGCAUGCCGUCUGCUUGCGUAGCCAGCCCAGUGUGAGCAUGCCGUCUGCUUGCGUAGCCAGCCCAGUGUGAGCAUGCCGUCUGCUUGCGUAGCCAGCCCAGUGUGAGCAUGCCGUCUGCUUGCGUAGCCAGCCCAGUGUGAGCAUGCCGUCUGCUUGCGUAGCCAGCCCAGUGUGAGCAUGCCGUCUGCUUGCGUAGCCAGCCCAGUGUGAGCAUGCCGUCUGCUUGCGUAGCCAGCCCAGUGUGAGCAUGCCGUCUGCUUGCGUAGCCAGCCCAGUGUGAGCAUGCUGUCUGCUGUAAAAGUGUACUUUAGUGUAUUUUUUUUUGCAAUUUUAUUAAAAGCAAAUAGCGUAUUUUAUUAAGUCAUUAUUAAAGUAACAACAUUGUGUCUGGGAUAAUGGGCAAGAGCUCCAGACCUCCGUGAACACUGCGGUGGGUGCUGCAUGUCCGUUGGGGAGCCCUGCAUUGGGUGCUGUAUGUGCAUAGUACACGGAGUGCUGAGUGUUUAAAGGAAAACCUUGCAUUGGGUGCUCUGUGUGCCCAUCAGGGUGCCUGUAAUGAAUGCUGCUCUGCCAAGGAAUAUCCUUCAUUGGGUGCUGUCCUGCAGCAAGUACAGUCUGUGCCAAUGAGGGUGCCCUUGCAAUGUCUGUGCACAGGAAUGCUGUGCCCAUCAGGGUGCCCUGCACUAGGUUCUGUCUGUACCAGUGAGGGUGCUCUGCAAUUGGUGCUGCUUGUGCCAGUGAGAAUGCUCUACAAUGGCUGCUGGCUACACCGAUGAGGGUGCUCUGCAAUGGGUGUGCUCCAUAAUACCUACCUAGCCCAGUGUGCGUAUAUCGCCUGGCCUGCACACUUAGCCAGCCCAGUGUGAGUAUAGACACCGUCUGUUUACCUUGCCAUACCAAAGGGCAUUGGUUGCUGGCCUUAUUGAACUACACUAUAUAUUUUGUUCAGCUGAGUAUAGAUGCUAUUUACUUACCAAGGGACACUAAAUACAGUCCUGGCUAGUGGAGUAUAGACACUCCCUGUUUACUUGGGCUAAAAUAAGGGACACCACAUGCUGGCCAGCCCAAUGCGAGUUUAGAUCCAAUCUGUUUAUCUGAGCUAUCCCCUAAGGGACACCACAUGCUGGCCAGCCCAGUGUCUAUAGAUAGUGAUGUCCCGAACGGUUCGCCGCGGACGGCGAACAUAUGCGCUGUUUGGUCUGCCCCCUAUUCGUCAUCAUUGAGUAAACUUUGACCCUGUACCUCACAGUCAGCAGACACAUUCCAGCCAAUCAGCAGCAGACCCUCCCUCCCACCUCCUGGACAGCUUCACAAUGAAUGUAAAAUGGAUGCUGUCCAGGAGGUGGGAGGGAGGGUCUGCUGCUGAUUGGCUGGAAUGUGUCUGCUGACUGUGAGGUACAGGGUCAAAGUUUACUCAAUGAUGACAGGGGGCGGACCUAACAGCGCAUAUGUUCGCCGUCCGCGGCGAACCGUUCGGGACAUCACUAUCUAUAGACACUGUUUAAUUGGGUUAUACUAGAAGUCACAACAAACUUGCCAUCCAAGUAGGAGUAAAGGCAAUAUUUAACCCCUUCCUGACCGCAGACGGAAAUAUUCAGUCAACCUUGUCCUUCAGUUAGGACCGUUGACUGAAAAUUUCCAUCAUUUACUAAAGUUAACCCCAGAUCGCGGGGUUAACGGUGCUCCGGUCUACCUCUGUAUUAGAGGCAGACCGGGAGCACCCCGAUCGGGCUUCCCCAGCACCGUUGCUCGCUCUGACAAGCUGUCAGAGCAAGCACAUGUGCUCAGUAUACUCACCUUCCUUCAGGUUCUGUGUGAAGUGCAGGGAGACGGAUCAGUGCUGCUGAUCUUCUCCCUGUGUAAAAAAAUAGUUAAAUCCCACCCCCACUUUCCCCUGCUUUAAUAAAAUUAACCCCUUCCCUGCCAAUUGAUACAGUGAUCAAUUGGCAGGGUAUACAUUUUAAUGUCAUCUGAUUUAUUUUUAUUUUUUCAAAAAAGUGUUAACAAUUUAAAAAAAAAAUUUUUUUUUUUUUUUAACCCUCAGGGGUUAAAUUUAUUUUAUUAAUUAAUUUAAAUAUUUAAAAAUUAUAUAUUUAGCUAGCUGGGAUGGGUGGAAGUUAGUGGGGAAUUGGGGAAUUUGGUGUUAGGCUAACUAGGGGUUAACGUUAAAAAAGUUUUAAAAUAAGCUUUAAAAAGGUAAAAAAAAAAAAAGUUUUAAAAAAAUGUUUUAGUGACGUUUAAGAAAAAAAAAACACCCCCCUUUUCCCAGUCUAAAUAAAAAUUAACCCCUUCCCUGCCAGUUGAACACUGCCUACAGUGAUCAAAAUACAGAUCACAGUAUUAUACUGUAAUCUAAUUUCUUUUAACCCCUGAGGAUUAGCUUUUAUUUAUUUUUUAACCCUCAGGGAUUCAAUUUAAUUAAUUUAAAUAUUUUAUAAUUAUAUGUAUUUUGCUAGCUGGAGUGGGUGGGAGUUAUGGGAAAGGGGGGGAAUUUACUGUUAGUGCUGCUUACUGCUAGUUAGGGGUUAACGGUAAAAGAAAAGUUUAAAAAAAAAAACAUUUUAAAGUGUAAAAAAAGUUAAGAAAGUGUAAAACAUUUAAUAAGUUAAAAAAAAAGUUUAAAAACGGGUUUUACAAAGUAAAAAAAAUAGAUUAAAAAAUGCUUAUUACCACUACACUUGGUACAAGUUAGCGGAAAAAUGAUCCCGCGCUAAGGUUCAAAAUAAGCCUUUUGAAUUGCCCUGGGAUGUCUUCUUUAAGAAAUGGUAUGCCUUUAUGGUGUAAUUUGAUUAUAUAGCCUUGUAAAAUACUCUAAAAUGGGACAUGGACACAGUAUAAAAAUUCAAAGUUUGAUAAAAACUGGAAUGGCUGUGUCCCAAAUGUGCCCCUCCGAUGUCCACAUAUACCUGGCAAAGGUACAUACGGGGGUAUUGCUGUACUCAGCCUACAUAGCUGAGCAACAUAUGAAGUAUUAUACAGUCGUAGCACACAUAAGGUUUGCAAAAUAUACUGUGCAAACUCACUUUGUGUGUCAAAAAGGCAGAAAAAAUGCUUAUUACCACUACACUUGGUACAAGCUAGCAGAAAAAUUAUCCCACGCUAACGUUCAAAAUAUGCCUUUUGAAAUACCCUGGGAUGUGUUCUUUAAGAAAUGGUAUGCCCUUAUGGUGUAGUUGUAAUAUGUAGCCUGCUCAAGUGCUCCAAAGUGGGACACGGACGCAUCAAAACCCUCCAUGGAAAUUCACACUUAAAAACCUUAACUUGUCAAGUCUCUUUUACAGCAGGGUAACUUCACAAAAUAGUGUCUAGGUCAUACAUUGGGCAUAUUGUUUUACUCAGAAGACUUAGCUGAGCAUAAUUUGGGGGGUUUAAACUUAGUGGCACAUAUGAAAUGUACAAAAUGCCCAGCAAAAAUGUAAUACGUAUGCAAAAAAAAAAAAAAUGCCCAAAAUAAUUUUUUACCAUAUUGAUUAAAGGGACACUGCUCGAUCCUCUGCCAUUUAGGAGUUAAAUCCCUUUGUUUAUGAACCCUAGUCACACCUCCCUGCAUGUGACUUGCACAGCCUUCCAUAAACACUUCCUGUAAAGAGAGCCCUAUUUAGGCUUUCUUUAUUGCAAGUUCUGUUCAAUUAAGAUUUUCUUAUCCCCUGCUAUGUUAAUAGCUUGCUAGACCCUGUAAGAGCCUCCUGUAUGUGAUUAAAGUUCAAUUUAGAGAUUGAGAUACAAUUAUUUAAGGUAAAUUACAUCUGUUUGAAAGUGAAACCAGUUAUUUUUUUUCAUGCAGGCUCUGUCAAUCAUAGCCAGGGGAGGUGUGGCUUGGGCUGCAUAAACAGAAACAAAGUGAUUUAACUCCUAAAUGACAGUGAAUUGUGCAGGGGAAUGAUCUAUACACUAAAACUGCUUUAUUUAGCUAAAAUAAUUUAGGUGACUAUAGUGUUCCUUUAAAUUGUUUUCCUUCUGCAGCAUAUGAAUCCAACAUACUACAUUAUAGCACUCAACUGCUGAUAGUUAACAUGUCCCCAUUUGCAUGUACAAAGGUUAUUUUGGAAUUUUCAUCUCCAUUAUAAAAUGUAUGCAUAUUCUUCAUAAAAUGAUGCAUUAUACUAGUUUUUUUACGUGCAGAAUAUUUGUCAAUGUCUGUGCGUAUCUCCAUAUUUAUACAUAAAAAGUGAGGGAAUGUUGUGAAAAAGUGUUGUGCAAUGGCGUGUGGGGAACUUUAACAUUUGACUUGUAAUUUGCUGAUUAUUGCACUUCAGCAUAUUGUGGUUGUAAUUUAGUUAUUUUAUUUAUUCUAGUUGUGUACCAUUAUGUAUUUUUAAACAUUAACUAUAGAAUAAAGAUAAUUCAUUAAACAUAACAUUUAAAAUACUCACAUUAUUUACUAACCUUCUAAUACAGUGGGUUUUAGAAGAGGCCAAAAGAACCCAUAAAGGGGUACCAGGACACUCCUAACAUUAGGCUUACCAGACCCACCAUGUUUACAGUGACACAUAUUGAUGGACAGCACAAGAAAAAGGGUUGCCCUCUGGUAUGUAGAAUUCAGAAAGUGGUGUAUAAGAUUAAGUAGGCAAGUCAGAAUCCUGCAGAAUAUGCAUUCUACAUACUGCAGGGAAAUACUUUUCAUAAAUGAUAAAGUUAGGUGUCCCUAAAAAACAUUACAAUGGGCUUUAGUAAUAACUGGGGGGGAAAUAAUCUCUAAAUCCGCUAUGUUCCCAGUUCGACUGAUUCAGUCUUUCAUUUAAAAUCCACACUUCAGUUAAUAACCCUGACUCUGUUUUGGUUUUUCUCUUUCCUGUAAAAUUUGGCUUUUUUUAUUAUUAUUAUUUUUUAAUUUUUUUAUAGCACGGAGGAGAGACCUUUCAACAUACAAUGUGCAGGUCUAUAUUAGAAAAUGUUAAGAACAGGCAUGUGUCUGGAAUAUAGGACAAUAUUCAUGUCUCUGAACUUCAAGAACUUCAAAUAAUGUGGAAAUGGUACUUUUUCCCCCUGUUCUAAUUAAAGCAAUAAUAAGCUGUAAUAAAGAUAUUAGCUGUAAUAAUGCUGCUUGUUUACAGAGGAUCUGUCACCUUUGAGUUUAGUUCCUUUUUUCCUGAUGUAUAGUGGCAGUUGACAUGGGUAGUUACCCUAUACUUGACAGGUGACAUAGUUAAAGGGACACUAUAGUCACCAGAACAACUGCAGCUUAUUGGAUUUCUUCUGCUGAGUUGAAUCAUUCCCUGCAGGCCUUUUUGCUGUAAACUUUCAUUUCAGAGAAAAUGCUGUGUUUACAUUACAGCCUAGUGAUAACUUCACUGGCCAGUCCUCAGAUGGCUGUUAGAGAUCCUUCCUGAGUCAUGGCUGCCUAAAAUGCAUCCAAACAUUCAGUAUAUCCUCCCUCUGCAUGCAGACACUGAACUUUCCUCAUAGAGAUUCAUUGAUUCAAUUCAUCUCUAUGAGGAGAUGCUGAUUGGCCAGGGCUGUGUUUGACUCGUACUGGCUCUGCCCCUGAUUUGCCUCUUUGCAGUCUCAGCAAAUCCUAUGGGGAAGCAUUGUGUUUGGAUCAGGCUACCACUUCUGAUGAUGUCAGCAGGCUGCUUGUUUUUUUCUGAAUCUAACAGCAUGCAGAGUUACAGCUUCAGGCUUGAAUACAGUAAGAUUUCUAUAUUUAGGGAGGCAUGAUGGGCUCAGGGUGGCUAGAUCGUGGUUUUAACUCUGACGGCUCAGGAACACGUUUGUGUUCCUGACCCUAUAGUGAUCCUUUAAGAAUUUAAAUAAUAGGUCUAUACUGUGACCUACUUCCAGUAGCCAGUUCUGAUGGGUGACAUCCUUGGAAUGCAGCUGGUGGAUGGAGGCAUGGGUUGCUUCCAGGGGUACCACUGUUUGAUCCAGAUAGGUGUCCAGGUGAUGGCCACUGGAUUUGCAGCCAGGUACAGUUAAGUGUAUUGAAGUGUUUCCCUGGUGGAGGUUCUGGUGUGUAGGAGGUUUAUCUGACUCCUACUGUGUGAAAAGCACAACUGUGCUUCAGAGGAUGUGCAAACUGUUAAGCUUAAUGUUUCCAAUUUUUAAAAUGACAGUGUGUUUAAAAUGCUGUUUAGCCUGUAUGGCCUCAGGGUGGGUGGUAGUGUGUCGGAAGACCGGUUUUACGUGUACUUGCCGCCCCUCUCCCCUGAAUUUAGACCAUUUAAUUUGUUUUCUUUUGUCUUUUUAUUUUUUUAAUUCUUUAUAUUUGCAGUGCUUUGCUUUAAACAUGAUAUACAAAAGACUGUCCUAUUGUAGAAGUAGCUAAGAAUCAGAUAGGGAAAAGACAAAGCACAAUUUUUUUUUAAUCAACACGGUAACACUAAACUUACCUUUAUCCUAUUGUUUCCUCUUUUCUCCCUUUCUCAGAACCUGUUCUUUUCUUUUUUUUCUGAUCUAGUGUUCUUUAAAAUACAAGACAAUGUAGGGACUCUUAAGUAUCGUCGGUAAUCUGUCAGCCACCGUCUGGGUGAAGUCUCCCUUCGACUAGACAGUCAAAAAGCAUAUUCAGGCCUAUGACCAGGUUUCAGUCAAAAGAAGAACCAUAAACAAAAUACAUGUGCAGAGAAAAACAAGGUUGAGAAAGAAAACAUGCACACAAGUGUACAGCCCAGAAUUUGUAAGUUGAUAUUGAAUAAUUGUGGGACUGUCUGGAGUAGUGCUGUGUCCCAAAAUAGUCAGGUUUCUCUAUUCUGCGAUCCUCCACCUCUCCGGAUAAAUGGAACAAUGUUAGCAGAGUCCCAGGUGUUCAUAGUGGCCUCAGUCCCAGAGAUGGAAGUAAGAUGGGUGAUUCUACCACCGAAGUGAGUCUGUGGGUGGUUCCGUUGAGUUGCCAUUGUGGUUCCAGGUGCUCCCCCUGUAACUCGCAAUUUUGUGGUGACUGGCCCUAGAUCCUUGCGACAAAGGAGGGUGGCAGUUGGCAGUGGUUAGAUCCUGGAAGAUUGUCAAAGAUGAGCCCUCGAAAAGCAGUGGAGUUUUAUCUCUUAUGGCUAGCAUUUUUGUCUUAAAAGGACAUGCAGUGGAGCCUGUUAUGUGGUAGACUCUAUCAAUGACCAUUUUUUGGCAACAGGAUUUGGUAAGAUAGUCACCAGCAGCCUCUGAAUGUAGUGUGAUAACUCUUCGGCCGAAAUUGCAGCUGGGAUGCAGUGAAUUCUGACAUGGUUGCGACGCUGUCAAUCCUCCAUGGCUGUCAUUUGGGUCAGGGUCGUAUGAGUUUGAAGUUGUUUCACUGUCAUGUAGCGCAGAGCAGUUGCUUCAAAUAUCCUUUUUAUUUUUUUAUAUUCUUUAUUUUUGCAUUCCACAAGUUAAAGUAGAGGUGUACAUCAAUUUCUUCAUACAGGCUUAAACAGAGUCUCUCUGGUUCUCAACUCUCAUUAAUGGGCAUGUGGAACAUUUAAUGUAUUUCGUUGUAGCAUAAUGGGCUGUAUGUGUAGGCAGUAGUAGAAUUAUCCCUCUAGGAGGGUUGUGUGGCUUUGUGCGUGUAAACUAAUAAACGAGCUCUGCUCCUCCGGAGGAGGGUACCUUUCACCCUGCUGUGCUAUCAUAGGUGAAUGUUUUCUCAUCGUGUGCCAGUUGAGAGGAGGGGGGAGCUAGAUUGAGACAACUCUAUAUAAGCUUAAGAGUCAACCCGUAGCAUAAAGCCGUCUGUAAGGGGCUUAUGCAUGUGUCAGGGGCAAUGUGUGCAGGGCCGACUAUUCCCAUCAGCCUAGGUAUAAUGCUGGUAAAUUGGGUACUGCAGAAGUAGAGCCUGUAGCUAUGAACAGACUUAAAGUCCGAGCAUGGUACAACUGUGCUGCCAUAGAUAUCUAAGAUUUGAGGUAACUGCAAACUGCGGGUGAGGUUUAGACAGGUAAGUCCUGGAUAUCCCUCAGCUUUUCAGGUCUUUUCCUUCGGGGGUGUAGGUCAUCGGGAUGAUCGGGGAACAAACUCCGGCACUGCAGAGGGAUCCAGCUGGGACAGACCCGAUGCCGUCGCCUGAGGAGAGUCUGCAAGUCCUAGUUUUUGUAGGAGAGUCUGCAGCUCGGAGAAGCCACAGCCCGGGCUCGGUGUGUUGCACCCUGAUGUUGGAAGAGGAUCACUCUUGGGGUCCCCCACCGGUACCUGAUGCCCUUGUCUCGGAGCGACAGUAGGAGUGGUCGCAGGGCCCUGCUCCAUUCAGUGGUGCCUUUAGUAAGGUUCGGGAACAGUGUCAGCUCGGCUCCUUCGUGGUGUAGAUGAGUUUUGUCUCGGGCAGCCGCCAGUAGGAGGGUUUUGUCCUAUAUGAACUGGAAGCGGACAAUUAGGUCUGUGUGAGCGGUGUGCGGUGCUGUUGCUAGCUUUGGCAGUCUGAACAUGCCGUCGAGCUGUAUUGCCUUGGCCUGUUUAGGUGGCAGUAAGGUGCCUAGCAUACGCCUGACAAAGUGAGGUAAGUCCGUCAGGCUUACUGUGUCCGGUAUUCCACGGAUUUUAAAGGUUAUAAAGCCUCCUUUGAUCUUCAAAGGUGUCAACCCUGUCGUUGGUGGCUCUUUGUUAUUUCUGAAUCUCAGUGAUUUUACUUUCCAUAGAGUCAAGUCUUUGAUCUUGGUAGCUCAAUGAGGCCUCCAGCAGGGUGAUCCUUGACGUGACGCCAUCUACAGCCUCUUUGAUGCUGGCCAUGUCCGCCGCUAUUUGCUUCCGUAAUUCGGCUAGCAUGUCUUUUAGCUGGGUGGCCGUUACCGGGUCACCAGUGGUGGCUCACUGGGGCUUAGGUCUGGCAGGUAGAGCACUCAUUUCCCACAUUCCUGCUUCGUACGACUCAUCUGCCGAGGAGUAGGAGGGCUCCUAAUCCUCCAUUGGCAUUUUGUCACACACUGGGGCCUGCGAGUGUCGGAGCAGCUCCCCUAUAUCUUGACUUCGGGGGCUUUUGUCUGCUCUCAGUUUCUUAUUUUCUUGGCCCAUAUCCUCCUCCUCUGCAAGGUGAGGGGCUGUGGAUUUUGUUAGUAGCCUAUUUUCCGUUCUUAAAUUGCCGUUUUUCACUCAUGAGGCCUAGAGCUCGAGUUGGCCCGUCUGCUCGACGUGGCGCUCCCCCAAAGAUCUAUUCUAUCUUCUUCUGAUGCUUACGUGAUCGCCUGUAUGUCAGUUUUGGAUUUCUGCCAGCAAGACCUUUAGGUCACCUUUAGUGGUGGAAGCUGAGCUGUCAAAACACUCAGGAGGUUAAGUGUGUCCAGGCUGAGGGACUGAUGUGGCGUCUGGUACACGGCUCUCCAGUGCGGUACUUGGCAGGUUAGUGCACGGGCUUUCUGUAGUUGGCAGUCUGGGCUGCGUGGGCCUUUGUAACAUGGCCCCAUGUCACUCCCAUCAGCUGAGGUGUUUGGCCUCUGAGAGCGUCGUCCCUUGGCUGGCAUGGCAUUUAUCAUGUUGGUUGGAGCUCCUAAUAAGCCCACUGAUGUGGGUCUGCCAAGGAGUGCUUCUAGGCCUAGGAAUGUCGGUGCGAGGUAGGCCCCAGGCUUACACAUUAGCUUAUGCUGUUAUGGUCUGAGAAAGAAGGCCCUUUCCUACAGAAUCCAGAUACUAUAACUUCAGAGAAGUUCCGUUAUUGUCGAAAACAAGCACAAGAAAAAAAGAGCCACAUAAAGAUAAAAUCGUUUUUGUCGGUGCGGAGCCUAGCCUUUGCAAUGAAUGGACGCUCCGUGCUAAACAGGGAUAUUUUGGCAUAUUGUGCCCGAGCCCGGUCUGAACGGAGACGGGUCGCAAAUCCAAAAAAGCUCGACUGGGCAAACCCAGAUUGGAGGGGCAUUAUCGGAGAUCUCUUCUGACAGGCCAGAAGCGCUGCUGGGCUUCCUGGGAACUCCUUACUAGCCUACACAGACUCCUCGAAGGAACUAUCCCUCGACGAGGAGGAUGACUCUUUACCUCCAAGGCCAAUAGCUGCCCCUGCCCCGGAGAGGACAGACUCCUCACCGGUCACAACAGCGGUGCUGAAGGUCUUGCUAGCUUAAUUGCAAACCACACUACAAGUGGACGUGGCGGCAAUAAGAUCUGACCUCUUUGGCCUCACAGGUCGGCUCCAAGCAGUAGAACACAUCUCAAGUGACCAUGCUCCACGGGUCACGACCCUGGUGAGAAUAUCCCAGGAGAGGUGCAUACCUGCUAUUGAAGACGCGUGCAGAAAAAAUAACCAAGAUACGUGGUGUAGCAGAUGACAUCAAAGCCGCCGAAAUUCCUCACCUCCUAAGAUGGCUCUUCAUAGAGUUACUCACCCCUAAGCAAGCCAUGAAGAUACAGCUGGAGGGCUUCUUUAGGCUCCCUAAACAGACUAGGGCACCAGCAACCGCAAAACGUGAUGAUGUGGUCCUGUUCAAGACCAGACCGCAAUAGCCACAGCUGCUAGAGAGAGAGAUCCACUCUCACCUUUAAAUCAAUGGAACUCACCUUUUUCGAGGACCUCUCCCCUGGCAUAUUGGCUUGGAGAGAUCCCUUCACCCUCUCACUACGAUCCUGCGGACGCACACAAUCCGCUACAGAUGGACUCUAUCUUGCACAUUCUCUGUGUCCCACGGUGACACCCAGCUACAAAUCCGAGAUCACGGCUGCAAAAGCCACGCUGAGAACCCUGGGCCUGCCACAGAACUCGCUUCUCAGGGCCAUACCUGCUGCUCCCUCCCACAAUUGGUACCCCUCCAGGAUUAACCUGUUCAUCCAAAGACUAGCCACUGCUGAUCCAUACGUCGCGGCAACGGCCUGAGUCUGGCACCCUAGAAAAGGCCUGGAUGCUUUCCAACCAAAGAGGACAUUGCUGUUCCUGAUCUUGAAAGUACCUCCUUUUAUUAAAACUUGGCUCUUUUCCACAUUAAUGCCCAGCUACUGAGCUCACCCCUAUAAUUGUUAAAUGUCUAGUCUCUCACCCACUCACGUUGCCGAGCAUUAAUAAUACACUAAUGGAGAGCAAAAAAUGGGUCGCAAGAGUAUUCUGAGAAUGGACAGCAGCUAAAAUAGCCUGCCCUUCGUUGGGAACCCCGCUCAGAACUCUAGCUGGUUUUAGCUCAUCUUGUGCCAUUACAGAGAGAACAUAUCUGAAGCGUAUCAGACUGGUCCCACCCAUACGGGCAGUCCAGAUCCGAAAUGCCAGCAAGUUCUCUUUGCUCGAGAGAUACUGCAACCCCAGACGAUCGUUUCAGCCUUGUUAGGCAUCAUCACUGAGGCAUAGCUGAUAUCUCUCUAGGCACCGUGAGCAAGGGGUCCACGUCUGGAUUACCCUUUAAACUAAAGGAGAGCAAAAAAUGGGUCGGAAGAGUAUUCUGAGAACAGAGCUUCCAUCUCCAAAAUUCUGGUGCUUGCUUAUAAGUCCCUACAUAAUGCUGCUCCAAUCUACCUAUCCUCCCUAAUACACAAGUAUAUCGCGUCGAGGCCCCUACGCUCUGCCAAAGACCUACAUCUAUCCUCUGUCCGUACUCCCACCUCUAAUGCUCGCCUCCAAGAUUUCUCCAGGGCUACACCUCUUCUGUGGAACAUCCUUCCCUUCUCCGUAAGACUUUCACCCAGUCUCCACUCAUUCAAAAAAUCAUUGAAAACUCACUUCUUUAAAAAAAAUAAAAACAUAUCAAUUAACCUGUUAGCAGGUUUUUAUCCCCCACCCCCAUGACUCCUCUCCUGCAACUGUCAAAAAUUACCUACUAAGCCCUCAAUUAAUACUUUUCUAACAACCAACUUUGUACCCCUGCUUUUACCAUUUGUCACUAUGCCCCACUCUCUCUAGAAUGUAAGCUCAUUGAGCAGGGCCAUCCACCUCUCUGUUCCUCUACGUCCAAUUGUCUGGUUAAAAUUACAUGUCUGUUAGUCCAUCCAUUGUACAGCACUGUGAUGGCGCUAUAAAAAUAAUAUUGCAUUUUUGUAAUCUUGUAUCCUAUUGUAGCAAUGCAAUAUUUUGUGGACCCAGGACAUACUUGAAAACAAGAGAAAUCUUAAUGUAUCAAUCCUGGUAAAAUAUUUGUAUAUAAAUAAAUACAACUAUUUGUAAGGAAUUGCAAAAAUACUAAUUCUUCAGGUAACAUGAUUCUUUACCACACAAAGGCAGAACUUAAAGGACCACUCUAGGCACCCAGACCACUUAAGCUUAAUGAAGUGGUCUGGGUGCCUGGUCCAGCUAGGGUUAACCCAUUUUUUAAUAAACAUAGUUUCAGAGAAACUGCUAUGUUUAUCAAUGGGUUAAGCCUUCCCCUAUUUCCUCUAGCAGCUGUCUCAUUGACAGCCGCUAGAGGUGCUUGCGUGAUUCUCACUGUGAUUUUCAGUGAGAGCACGCCAGCGUCCAUGGGAAAGCAUUAUGAAUGCUUUCCUAUGCGACCGGCUGAAUGCGCGCGCAUUCAGCCGACGGGGAGGAGAGGAGGAGGAGAGCUCUCCGCCCAGCGCUGGAAAAGGGUACGUUUUUACCCCUUUCCCCCUUCCAGAGCCGGGCGGGAGGGGGACCCUGAGGGUGGGGGCACCCUCAGGGCACUAUAGUGCCAGGAAUACGAGUAUGUUUUCCUGGCACUAUAGUGGUGCUUUAAUAAAGGAAUAUUUAUUAUGAGCAAAAAAUAGUCACAGUGCUUACAAAAAUAUAGAUGACAACAGAUAAAAAAACAAAAGGGAUAACAUAACCGAAGUCCUUAACACUUACUCGCUUAGGUAUUCAAAGUAGAACUUCUUUCUAAGGGGUCUCCGGCAAGGAAGAUGGUGACUUAGUCAAAAUUAGAUUUUUGACCUCAAGCAAGUACAAUGCACACUUAAAGGGACACUAUAGUCACCAGAACUACAGCUUAUUGAAUUUGUUCUGGUGAGUAGAAUUAAUACCUUCAGGCCUUUUGCUGUAAAUACUGUCUUUUCAGAGAAAAUACAGUGUUUACAUUACAGCCUAGUGAUAACUUCACUGGCCACGCCUCAGAUGGCUGUUAGAGAUCGAUCCUUGGUCAUGGCUGCCUAAAAUGCUUCCACACAUUCAGUAUCUCCUCCCUCUGCAUGCAGACACUGAACUCAUUAAAUUCAUUGAUUCAAUUCAUCUCUAUGAAGAGAUGCUGAUUGGCCAGGGCUGUGUUUGAAUCAUGCUGGCUCUGCCCCUGAUCUGCCUUUUUGUCAGUCUCAGCCAGUCGUAUGGGGAAGCACUGUGAUUGGAUCAGGCUACCACUUCUGAUGAUGUCAGCAGACUGCUUUUUUUUCUAAGUCAAACCGCAUGCAGAGUUACAGCUUCAGGCUUGAAUACAGCAAGAUUUUGAUAUAUUUAUGGAGGCAUGAGGGGCCCUGGGGGGCUAGAUGGUGGUUUUAACUCUAUAGGGCAGUGAUGGCGAACCUAUGGCACUCAUGCCACAGAUGGCACGCUGGGCCCUCUCUGUGGGCACGUGGCCAUAGGUUCACCAUCAAUGCAGAGUAGGCGCCUGCCUGCCCAAAACGGCAGGCGACCUACUCUGCUUCCGUGUCGGGAGGCAGGGGGAGAUCUGUAAAGCAGCUCCCUUGUCCUCCCGCGAGCAAUCUGUGUGGUGUGUUGCCACGCGUUACCCUGGCAACGCUCCACACAGCAUUGCGUGGGAGGACAGGGGAGCAGCUCCCUACAAUCCUUACCACCACCGGACCACCAGGGAUGGCUGUGUGUGUGUCCCCCCCUCCUUCAUUAAGGGUAAGAAGGAAGGAGGGAUGGGGGGAUACUGAAUUAGCAUAUUUUUUUAACACUUUUACCACCCCUACCUCACCCCCACACACAGUACCCCUACCCACACACAGCACCCUACCCCCCAUACACACAGCACCCCUACCCCUCCCCCCACCCCACAACACACAGCACCCUUACCCCCACGAGACACAGCACCUAAUUUUAUCUAUUUAUAUCAUUAUUUAAAAUUUGUAUCAUUAAACUCUGUUGUGUUCUUCUUUUAAAACAAAAGUUGUUAAUUAGCUUGGACAACUGUACGAGUUGUUUUUUCGAAACUUAAACCUCAGUAUUCACGUUUAAUUGUCAUGUUGGCACUUUGAGGGGGAAAAAAAAGUUGGCAUGUAUUGCGGUUUGGGUACUGGGGCUCAAAAAGGUUUGCCAUCACUGCUAUAGGGUCAGGAAUACAUGUUUGUGUUCCUGACCCUAUAGCGAUCCUUUAAGUAUCAUUAGAGAUAUAACCUGUGAAUUACCACACCUCACCCAGAGGGGGAGUUUAGGCAUAUCUACAGAGACACUAAGUGAUCACCACCUUGUGUCCAGACCCACAUCAAUCCAAAUGGAAACCUUUGGUUCUAUCUUCUCUUAUGGAUCUGCCACAGAAAUAAUAAUGGCAUCUUUAUUUUUCCAUUCCAUGGAUAUGUCACGCGACCCAAUAUAGCGGACAUCACAAUCCAAAUCCAAACAUGUUUGGGCUUGUUUAGAAGAUGGCGCUUGUCACAUUCUAAAUAUAACACAAUGAGGAUUAAUUAUUAUUCUGUGGGUAAAUAUUAAUAUUUUUUUCUUUUGGAUAUGAUACUGGAACAAGGCUAAUGGCCAUUAACAUAGAGAUUGACUCCUCAAUUAAGAAGUACAGGCCAUAAGAAAAAGGGAAAAAAUAGGCACUCUUGAUGGAAACUCUCUAAUGCAUCUUUUCAAAGGAGUAAUAAAAAAAAAAAAAAAGUUCCCCCAAAAUAUGAAUUUUGGGGAAUUUAUUUUGAACUAUCCCUAGUUUAAAAUCCCCAUGACUCUUUCAGAACAGCCUUAGACUUAAAUCAAAUGUGUGAAAUACCAGAGAAUCUCCAUGGAGACAAUUUUAUCAGCUACACACUUCUUGCAAAAAUGAGAGUUCAUGGGUUUAAAAGAUGUAUAUUUACACAUCCAGAUAGAUAUAAGAUCAAGAAAGGUCAUGAAAUCUGCUGUAAGUGGACAAAAAAGUAAAAUCAUGCAUUUCCAAUCCAAAGCAAUGCCAUUUGGUCUUGCUUCCAGACCAUAAUUAAUUACCAAUUGCCUUUGUAAGAGGAAAAUUCAUUUGUGGAUUCUUACUUAGAUGUCUAGUUUCUGAAUGCAAAUUGUAUCCCAGAACUAAAAAUAAACAUGGUUUUCCAUAAAGUACCUCCAACAGCAUGGUUGGUUGAACUGGAAAAUGUCAAUCUUGACUCCAGUCACAAGUAUUUCUUUUCUGGGAUUCAUUUUAGAAAGAUUCUAAAACUCCUUGAAUCUAUCGCAGACAAAAAGGAAGCAAAUGCCGUGUUUACGUUACAGCCUAGUGAUAACUCCAUUGGCCACUCCUCAGAUGGCUGCUAGAGGUGCUACCUGGGGCAGUGUUGCACAAUGAGCAGCACUGCCAUUCAGUGUCUCGAAUCUCUGCAUGCAGACACUGAACUUUUCUCAUAGAGAUGCAUUGAUUCCGUGUAUCUUUAUGAGGUGCUGAUUGGCCAGGGCUGUGUUUGACUUGUACUGGCUCUGCCCCUGAUCUGCAUCCUAUGGGGAAGCAUUGUGAUUGGCUCAGACCACCACUUUUGAUGUCAGCAGACAGCAGGCAGGUUAGAGACAGACAGGUGCAGAGCCAGCAGCUGUAGACUUGAAUACAAGUACGAUUUUACUAUAUUUAGGGAGGAAAGAGGGGGUCAGGAGGACUAGAUGGUAGUUUUAGGGAGAAUUUCUUUUUUUCUUAAAAUACAGAAAGGAAAGUAGGGACUAAUUUUCCUUAUGUAUAGCAGUCUAGUUGAAAAAAUUGACAAUAGGCAGAGCUUAAAGCAAGGUUCUGUUUCAGUUGCCAAUCAAAUUUAUCCAGAGUUCAAUAUUAAACGACCACUAUAGGCACCCAGACCACUUCAGCUCAAUGAAGUAGUCUGGGUGCCAGGUCCCCCUAGUUUUAACGCUGCAGCUGUAAGUAUAGCAGUUUGAGAGAAACUGCUAUGUUUACAUUGAGGGUUAAUCCAGCCUCUAUUGGCUGUCUCCCAAAAAUCGCACUGAGGACACGCUGACGUCCAUAGGAAAGCAUUGAGUAAUGCUUUCCUAUGGGCGGUUUGAAUGCCUGUGCAUGCGCAUUUGAAGUGCACAUCUGCAGGGGGAGGAGAGGUCACCAGCGCAGAGGGAGCCCGGCGCUGGAUCAAGGUAAGUGGCUGAAGGGGUUUUAACCCCUAUAGCCCAGCUGGAGGGGGGAGACCUAAUAACCCUAUAGUGCCACAGAAGGGCAAACUGUAGACCUCAUGGGCAAAGGAGAGCAAAAUGGCUGCACACAGAUAUUGAAAUCCUUCACAAGAAAAGCCAAUUAUAAAUAAAGGUGAUGGGGAGUAUAAAGGAAUGCCAUAGCAAACAUGUAUUGUGAAUGUUAUUGUGUCCUAGGACAUAUGUUUUUCCCAAGGAAAAAAUGCAGCAGUAAAUACUGAAUUGUUAAAUUCCAUUGGAGUGUUAAUUACGGAAUGUGACCGCAUGAAACAGUUUUUAUAUUCCUAUGUCCUGUGUUGAACGAUCACCAUGGGCGCGUUCUUUUUAUUGUACAGUAUGUUUCAUGAGUUUGCAAUCUCACAAGUGUAGCUAAUGUAAAGCCUGGGAUAUAUUGCUAAUGCAACAGCUGCAAAUGGGAACUUUCAUUAUUAUUUUGCGUUCAAUGUUUUUGCACAUUUUUAAAUCCAUUCUCUAUGGACUGCAUUAAGAUAAAGGUUAAUUCCAGUCCAGAGUGUGUGAACAUUACUUUUCAUCUUUCAGGUUGUAGCACUUGGAUUAGUUAGGGUUUUUCUUUAUUUUUAUUUUUUUUAUUUUUUAUUUUUAAACUGUGUAUUAAAAAUUUAUUAUAACUGUGUUUAAAAGUGAAGUAAGAUUGACUUUCUUUUGUAUCCAUCCUGUAGGGUAAAGUAUUUGGAACAGCACUCCAUGCAUUGCCACAGAUACAUGUUCAGGAUUAUGGAACCAUUCCCAAGUGAGUAUUAACACCUUUAUCUGUGUCUAAGUCAUUUAAUAAUGGAGGUAAAGGAAUGAUUGGUAACCAGCUUGGUGUAGUGGCCUCACUGAUUCAUACCUGGAUGAAUAGCUAUUCUGAGACUGUAAUAAAAACCUGUUUUUGAGCCUCACACUAUUGUCUAUGUAACGGAAAUUCCAGAAGUCAGGUUUCUAAAUAUCCUCUUCUUGCUCCUUGCCUUGUGGUAUGAUUUGAUUCAGACCUCAUUUGCAGUAGUUCGUUAUGUUCAUUUUAAGUAUGAAGAACCAUUUGUUUAAUCAUAUUCUGGCAACCGUUCUAAAAGGGCAGAAACAUUAUUCUACUGUUAAAUAUACUGCUUGCAUCAUCCUUGACGGUCCACUGGACACAGCCUGAAGGUGGAGAAAUAGGUUGAGUGUUGAUUAAGAACACAUAAUGCACAACAAGUUGCCAACAUCACUGUAAAAUUUGUUUUAUAAUGAGACUUAACUGUUACUUCAAUGGUCCCCCCUUUUCAGUUUCCUUGUUGAUGUUUGUAAUUACCUUGAACUUCAUGCACAUACGGAGGGUCUUUUCAGAAAAUCUGGAUCGGUUAUGCGACAGAAACUGUUAAAGGUAAGCAAUUUAGUAUGUGUGUGUGUGUGUAUAUGUGUAUAUGUGUAUAUAUAUAUAUAUAUAUUCAUUUUUAUUUUAUUGUUUUGAGAAAAGAUAACAUACAAUGUGAAAUGAUAGCAGAUUUACUGAUUGUGACAUGUAUAUAAUGUACAGGUAUUUGUUAACCAGAUAACUGUGAUCACAGUAAUAUAGAUGUAACAAUCCUUUCUGCGCCCCUGAUUGGCCGCUUUAAUGCAGAAGAGUUUACUUAUUUAUUUUAAUUCUCCCUCAUUCAUAUUUACAUGCAAACCCCCAAAAUAAUAUUGUCUGAAAAAAAUAUAAAGCUCAACAGGUUCCUUCUUCCUUUCUAUGGAAAUCUGAACAGAAUAGAUAGACCCAUUGUAUAAAUGCUUGUUUAAUACUGAUUUGUCACACUUAUUUUAUUAUUUUCCCUGAUAAUUUUCAUAAAACGUGACACUGUCCUAAUGUCUGUCGGGGGAGGGGCUACCAUUAUGCUGAUUUGGAAUUCUUUGUUCAUGUCCUCAGGCUAAACUCGAUAGUGGUGGUAACGGUUUGUCUGAUGCUCCUCCUUGUGAUGUUGCUGGCAUCCUCAAGCAGUUCUUUAGAGAAUUACCAGAGCCAAUACUUCCUGCAGAACUUCAGGACAGUUUGUUUAAAGCCCAGAAUUUAGCUAACAAUGAGGAUCGGGUUUCUGCAACACUUCUCAUCUCGUGUCUCAUACCUGAACGGUUUAUCCAUAUCCUGCGUUACAUUUUUUACUUUCUGCAUACUGUGUCAAAGAGGUGAGUAUGAAAUUGUGUUAUUGCUGGUUGGUAGAUAAAAUCAGUCUCGUACGUAUAUAUGGAAACCUUGAAUUUGUGUUGACACUGAGUAAUGUUGCCCAUACCAUUUUAGAUCAGCCAAGGCCUAAUGUGCCUUAACCAAGAAAGGGUAGCUAACAUAUGACUUCGGAAAGUUAAUGUCGUAUCAAAGUAACUUUAGAAUCUGCACAUGCUGGUUUUUUUUGUUUUGUUUUUUCAAUAGAAAGAAAAAUGAAAAACGAUAAGCACUAGAGUAUCAUGGUGCAAGUUAGGUUAUACAUCGGGAUAUGACUUCACUGUGCAUUAUGCACCAUUAACAGCACCGUGAUUUGGACAAUUAAUAAUUGUAGAGAGUAACAGGUAGCUUAGUUACGUUGAAAGUUAGAUCAUGCACUUAUGUAUGUAAUAUUAAACUAGGGGUUUAGUAAUGCUGAGCAGUACACCUAAUAUAAAACUGACUAGCUCUUAAUCAGACACAUAGUUCAAGAGGGGGUCCGGCCUCUCUAACAUAGGAUGACUGGUUGGUCAAUAUUGGUGAUUUAAGGCUUAUAGUGAGAUGGCCUGUUGGGAUCAAAAGGAAUUACUGAUAAGAAUUAAAAGUAGCGUAAAUGAAGUGUUGCUUUUAAUCUGUUGGCAUGUGUAGCGGCAUAUUAUGUGUGAUCGUUUGGGGUCUGCAAAGCUUACCCCUCAUGUUUUUUUUUUUUUGUAACCUAGGUUGGGUUGGACAGGAGGCCGAGGUCUUAUGAUCAAAUGAACGCUGAGGACAAACAGCCUGCUUUGGGCUUAAUUGUAGGCCUCGUCCACAAUGUCGGGAGAGCUAUUUGAGUUGUCGCCUGUGCUUGUGGUGCCCUAUUAUCUGCUUAAAGAUAGCUUAAUAACACCUGGAGUAUAAAAAGCUAAAAAAAAAAACUAUAAAAUAAAUCAAUAAGAUAAAACAAGACAAGCUGUCAUCAUUCAAAACCUAAAAAAAAAAAAUAGUCAAUAGUAGUGAUACAGAAUCUGUAUCAUUGAGGAAGAACGACCUGUUGCAGCAGGCUCUCGGAAGUGCUUCAAGUGGUGACUGCUGCGUAGGCUUCCUUCGCGGGCCCCUGGGGGACAAAUGGAGUUGCGGUAGCUGGGUUCCAGACGUGAGUUGAUGCUGUCAACCCGGUGGUAGCUAGAGGGUUUUGUGGAAGCCUUAAAGUAGGUUGUAGCUCUUUUGCACCCUGUAGAUCUUAGAUAGGAUACGUGGUCUCACCAUGUACCUGUAGUGUGCGGGGUUUUCUCCAUCAAUAUUUGAUGUUGGUCACUCGUAACCAGGGAUGUGAAGGGCUGGAGUGAACGGCGCAAUGACUGGGUGCUUUCUGAUAGGUCCGUUUAGAAUGAAAGUGAUAUGCCCUCAAAUGAGUAUGAUGAAUGGUUGCGUACUGUGUUUAAGACCACUGUUCUGUCCUUGCCCUUCUGGAAUCAGAUCAGCAUCUUGUGUCGAGGAUGGAGCUUUGACCGGUUUCAUUAAACAAAACAUCCCUUCUGUUUCCAUCAAUUUCGCUUGCUUAGGUGGUAGGAGUGUCAGUAGCCUUCGCACCAAGUGCGGGAGCUCUGCGUCUGGUGUUUCCUCAGGUAUCACCCUGACCUUGAGGUUUAGGCUUCUCUUCUGGUCUUAGAUUGCCGCAAACCUCAGUUCUGUUUUGGCUUGUUGCGGUUUCAUCUUGUGUGCUGCUUGCUGCAGACCUGCUGUUUGGUGGGUAUAUGUUCCAGCAUGCCCAUGUCUUGGCCUAUUGGGCCACAUCAGCUUAGAUAAAGGCCUGCCAGCAGUUCUUUUAGGACUGCCGUUGUGACUGGGGCCGAGCCUGGUGGCAAGGGGGCCGAUUGUGCAGGUAUGUGUUCCUCUGCUGCCCCAACGGAGAAAUCUUCUGAAAUAUCAGAGGCAUUAUCAGCAAAGACCAUCUUGGGAUCCAUGGCACUAUGAGCCUGUUGCCAGAGGUCCCCUAUAUUCAUGCUUAUUCUCGGAUUGUCUGGCUUUGGUUUUUUUUGGUAUUUCAGCCCAUUGUGUUGUUGCCAGGGUUCCGUUUGGGGCUCCUGUAGGAAGGGUUUUAGCCUUGUAAUUGGAAUUAAAUUGGCUUUUCAGUGCAGAGCAAUUCCAACAUGUGUUAAUUCAGUUCAGCUGCUUGGCUUCACCCCUAUGUUAAGCUGUUUUGGGGGACUCAAAGCACCGUUAUUCAAACUGCAGUUUCAUAGAUCUUCACAAACCAUUUACUCAUCUGAGUAUGUCUGCUGAAUCAUUCCUUUAUGUCCUCAUACUAUAGCAUGCGUUGAAAUUCAUUAAGCAAUUGACACAUGUUUAGGUGCUAUGUGCACACACACACUUUUUUUUUUUAUUAUUAUUAUUAUUCAUGCGUAUAUUUUCUUUUCACUUUUUCUUACAAAGAUCUGAUGCAAACAAAAUGGAUAGCAGUAACUUGGCAGUAGUAUUUGCUCCUAACCUCCUGCAAUCAAAUGAUGACAAUGAGAAGAUCUCAUCCAGCACAGAAAAGAAACUCCGUGUACAAACUGAAGUAGUGCGAACUUUGAUAGAUCACGCAACAAAUAUCGGUAAGUCUGAGUGUAUGGUUCAUAUAUUGCAGUAAAUAAUUAGUCUGCAUAGUGUCCUGUUGAGCCCCCAACUAGAUUCUCUACCAGAAUAAAAAAAAUACAGAUUUGUCACCAAGGGUCAACCCAGCCACUCUUAAGGUCAAUCUAUCUUCCCUGCUUUGUUUGAUUAGCCUGUCUCCUAAUCCUAGGAUCAGAUAGCUUAUGGCCACGACUCCCAAAGAUAAGGCAUGAAUACAUAUUUUUUACCAGAGAUUUAAAAAAACAAACAAAAAAAAACCUUUAUUAUCUCAGUAGCAUAUGUUCCAGCACAAUAAACUUUAUAUAUAUUUUUUUUGCCUUUUUUUUUUUUCACUUGUAAUUGAGUGCAAGGGUGAUCCACUUCUUCAUUGUCAGGCCUCCUACCUAAAUAGGAUAAUCCAUAUUUCUUAUAUUUUAUAUUGGCAUGAGAUAACCGAGAAAUCUUAUUUAUUUUUUUCUGACAGGGUGUGUACCUCAUUUUCUGCUUGAAAAGAUCCCAGGAAUGCUUGGUGUUGAUGGAGGUACAGAUACACCUGGGCGAGAAGCGUCCGAGGGUUGUGAUGUAGACCCUCUUCAGGAGAAGAAGAGGAGGAGAAGGAGCGUUGGAGGUGAUUCUAAUAUACUGUACAAAUCUCAAGCCAUUUACUUUGGGUCUUUCAUUUCUGGUGGUGUGAUCUUUGCGUGUUAAUAAAAUGUAUAUGUUAUAUUGUCCACUAAGAUAAUGUAGGGAGGGCAUUUAGAUACAUGGAAAAUAGCUGUACUAAAGGUUAUGAAAUCUCUAACCUAGGGCAAUGCGACAUUUGGUCAGAUUGAUUCUAGGCUGACGUGUUGUGUGAAAGGAAACCACUAUUCAUCUAGCUACAGAUUAAUAUGCGUAACAGUGGGCUCCAUCUAGCCUGCUGAUUUUGUUGCCAUGUGCAUCGCCAAUACAUCCCAGUUGUUUUGGCGAUGCAUUAAAGUGAAUGUGUGCCAUUCCUAGUCACCAAAGCCUUUUUGUUUUCUCGUGUCCUCAUGGUGCUGAGUUUGUCUUACAUUUCAGAUUAUGUUAGUGGAGCAUUGAAUAAGCUUAUAACUAACAGAACACCUUCCUCUACACCUCAAUCAGAGAGGCCGGGUAGGUAUAUAUUGCCUUGUUCCGUAGCUGCAUCUGGCCUGCACGUAGCAUUUGCUUUAUCUGUCACACUUAGUACAUGAAGAAAGAAAUUCUGCUCGUAUAUCCCUUGGCCUGCAUGACCCUCGCAGGAAUGGCUACUCAAAGCUAUAUACCAUAUUCAAUUUGUUACAUUAUUUAUUUUAGAACCAGUUCUUCAGAAAGCUUAAUUUAUAGAUCUCAACUUUUUAUUUAUUUUGUUCGCACCCAGCAUUAAAAAUAGCAAAAUUAAAAUGUUAAAAUACUAAUUUUUAGUAUCUUUGUAACAUCUCAUGUCGUCCAUUCUUUUCUUGCUGCGUAGACUAUGCUUUUUAACAUCGAUAACGCUGUUGCUGAUUAAUUGUAUAUUUUGCUUAUUGGUGUUCUUUCUAGACAAAUUAGUUUUUAUUUAUUUCAGCCUUGGGAUCCAUGGUGACUCCAUUAAUUCUUACUCCAAGCGUCAAAAGGAAACUCCCCACAGAUUCUGCACAGGGAUUUUCAACAAAGAAAAGAAAAUCCAUAAAAAAUAGCUUGGGAUUUGAGUUGUUGCCGAACAGUCUCUUUGGAAGCGGAUCUACACCUGCCUCAGGUAAAUCUAUUCUAGUUACCUUUUAAUGGGAAUGGACAGAUGUAUUUUAAGGUGACUUAUUUUUUAGCCCUUUUAUAAUGCUAUCUCUUAUAUUUUUUAUUUUUACUGACAUCAUAUACAUAUAUUUUUUUCUUAGCGUGCUUUGAAAGUCCACACACUUCUUUUGAGGCCUCACACAACUCAUUGUCGCCAUUGGUCACUACUGGCAAACACCUCUCCAAUUCAUCUAUGCUAAGGCGAAGCAAGAGGUGUGAAAACCGUAAAGUACAAAGGUGCAACUGUGGGAGUUUUGUUUUUGUGUGGGGGCGGAGGGUUUCCUUUUUCCCUUUUAUUUGCCCAUUUCUUGAUAAUGCAUUUCAUUGGUUUGACCGUGUAUAAAUAUUUACAUUUUCUUAAUUUUUCUAAAAGGGUGGAUUCAGGGAAAACUGGUUGCUUUUCCCCCAAAAUAAGCCGGAAAGAAAUGGUACGCAGAUCACUUCGACUUAGAUUCAGUUUGGGGAAAAGUUCCAAAGAUGUGGUAAGUGCUUUAAGACUUAUAACAAUACCAUUCCUUCUUGGAAUAUGGAUUAUAUCUUCAAAAACUUCUGGGCUCACUUUCCUGCUUCUUUGUGUUCUGGGGCCUAAUGGUAAUUUUAAAGGAACACUCUGGCACCAUAACAACCUCUUCUCAGUGAUGAUAUAAUGCUUGCUUCUCACGUGUGGUGUCUUAUCUUAAAGGAACACACUAUUUAAAAAAAGAAUUUAUAACAAUUUAGUAGACAUACCCUAAAUAAAUCAUUCUGGUCUUUUUAUUUUUUUUGUUUUCUUGAAGUAUAUGAAAAAUACAGUUUGUAAAAGAACACCUCCAGCUCCCAUUUCCCCAGUCUAUGCUAAGUUAUUCACAUUCGUGAUUGUGGCUUUACUAAUGUUGAGUGACAGCCAGGGGGUUGUUUCUGCCACUGAAUAUCAAAGUGUAAAUUUUGUUUGAAAUCAGCACUUUUAUAAGCAGUCACAAGUGGGACAAACUACAGCCACACAAAGCAAUUCAGCAAGCUCUGAAGUGCUAUAUGAACCUUUAGUGUUCCAUUAAAGGAAUAAACCAUUUACGAACUGUUUAACCUCACAGUUGUGUACAGCACGUCUGCUCUGCCCCUCUUUGUUCACCUCACCCCUCUGCUUUAUUGCGAAAGCCUCGGACUGGGGAUUGAUAAACUGCAGAAAUUGUUUUUUGGUGGGUUUUUUUAACAUUAUCCCCACGCUGUUCACUUUUUUUAUGUAUGGUUUUUGUGUGGUUAGAAAAAAAAACCAAAAGCUACACUUUGUAUCCACACUUUAUUUAUAGCGCCAGUUUUUAUUACACAAUUUUUUUUUUCUUGUUGAGCCUUGAUAAAUGCUAAACCAUUAUUGCACUCCCAUAAAGCUAUUAUUGGGUGUUUUUGUUCCUGCCCUCUACAUGCCAAGCAAAGUGUGUCACAAAACAUUGACUUCUAGGCUGUCAUAGGUUAAAGCACUCCUCAUAAGGUGUUCUUAUUAAUAUAUCCACGUUAAAAUUGGAAUUUACAUCUGCUAGUAAAAACUAAGUCUAUUUUGGUUCAUAUAUAUCUGUGGCUGCAGGUAUAGUGUAAUGUUUAUAUUGCAGGGUUUAGUCCACCUCUAGUGGCAGUCAAUAGGAUCUUUCUAGAUACCCAUCCGCCCCCUAUGAGGGAAGAUCAAAAACGGAGUUCUUUCUAAGUGCUCUCUUUAUAGUGUGGAAGAAUGACAUGCCUUUAAACACCUUAUGUAUUGAAAUUUGUGAGUAGCUGUUCACAGAAAGGCAAAUACUCAUUUGUGUGUACUGCCAUUUUAUGCAAGAAAGUAAUUUUGUUUUCUCUCUCUCUCAGAGCACGAGUGGGACAUCUUCUAACUUGAAAUCUCAAAAUAUCGGUUGGCGACUUGCAAAUUCACAAGAGUUGACCCCAGUGACAUCAAGUCAUAGAGUGGAAACUCUUUCCUUCCCCAUCGAGAGUCCAUUUGUAAGUGCAGGUAAGUGUCUGGCCACUUACCCAGCUAGUCAGUUUACUUCUGGUUUGUUAAGGAAAUUAAAUAUUUAUCUGUGAUUAUGGAUGACACUAUCAAGGUGGGACAUAACUGUUUCUCAGGUUUCUGUCCUAAAGAAGACAUGUUGUAGAGUUAACUGGUAACUUUAAGCUGCUAGAUAUUCCCAUAAGCAAACUAGUCCAUGUAUCUCUUCGGGCAUUUUGCAAUGUUGAUUGCCUUUCUGUGCUAUAUUUUAGGAAUUAGCCAUGGGAAAGUGUGUGGACUAAUAGUUUCAGUGGUAAAGGGAAGUGCAACAUGCUCCUUUUUCUUGAGUGCAUUACAUGUCUUUUAAUACAUAAGCUUCUAAUGAUAUGUAAAAGUCCAGUACAGGCAAGUCUUUUUGAUAGUACUUGUUUUGUCACUAUAUUGUCCCAUACUCAUCCACAUAAUCUCUUUAACUGCAUCUUUAUAGGUACAAAGUUAAUAAGCAAGUCUGAAGACAACCUACUAUCCCCAAAGCCGUCUGAUGAGUCAAGUCAUCGCAAGUCUUGGACAGGGCCACAGCCAUUCAAGUUAGACGGCAUUUGUGAUGAGAACACACCUGUUGCUGCACAACUUUGGGCUACACAUUGCUACUCUGAGCCUGUCCUUGUCUCUGGAAAACCUCCAUCUAUGCCAAAGCUUCCCGGAUCCCUCAAUGAAGUGUACAGGCAAGACCAAAAUAAAAACAAUGAUUCACUGUGUGAGGAAGAGGUGAACUUGGCAGACAACACUGCCAUGAGGAUCUCAAAGGCCUUUACUCAAUCUGGAACUGAUCUUCAUAGGGUAAUGACAGGCGACAGUCUUGCACUAGGUAACGUUUCAAACUUGGAAAGUGAAGUUGAUUUUCAAAAUAAAAGUUUAGAAAGUGGAAAAAGUGCCAGUGUGUUUGACAGUGAAAGUGUAUCCGAAGAGGGUAUAACUCAAGGAGAAGUUAAAGAUAAAUUGAGGACAGAUGCAGUAACAAGUCCAGCUGGAUGCUGUGAAAACAGUUUGAUUAAAGAACCUCUUGCUAUUUCUAUAACAGAACCGCACAAUACAGCUGUGGAUACAAGCUUCACAGAACUGAGCCAAUGCCAACAAUCGUGCAUCAAGGAAGUUGUUCUCUUAAACAGUCCCGAACUGUUCAGUAAAACCAUUUCUUCCACUGCUCAAGUCAAUGCUGUUCAAAUGCAGGUAGAUCGGGCUCUUGUAUCUCAUCAAAAGGAUCUAUUUCCUCCUUCAGAUGUUGAGACUUCAGUAAACACCACUCAAGACUGUCAUAUAGCAACUUCAAAACGUAAUUCAAACAGGGUUUCUGAUCAAAUACAACUCUUCAAUAGCCUCUGCCUCAGUGACAGCAGCUCUGUGCAGAAACUCAAGUCCCCCAUCAAAUUCCAACGUACCCCUGUGCGCCAAUCUGUCCGGAGAAUAAACUCAUUGUCGGAGGUGGUGAAACCAGUAAAUGUUAGCAGCAGAAAGCAAAGUACAGCUAGCUUACCUAUGAUGAAAUCGGUUAGUUCUGAUAGUUCUCUCUCUUCAGAACUUCCCUACAUACAUUCGAAUCGCUCAUCACCCACUACGAAUGUUAAUGAAGCUUCUGUCCCCCACAAGACCCUAAAUCCUGCAACCCAUCUGGUAGUAAGUUCCAAGUUAUCUAAUCAAUUGCUGAAGCAUAUUGGACGCUCUGUGACAAAUACGACUAGUCCAUCAAAAUCAGUGUUUGAAGACCUAACAAAUCAGGACAUACCCAAAACUUCCUACAAGAGAUCUGACCUGUCUCUAAAAUUACCAGAUAAAUAUGCUGCGCGCAUUGUAUCAGGAAGAGAGCGCCAUCGUUACAAGGGCUCUCCAAGGAAUCCGAUUGGGAGAUUAAAUUUCCUGCCUUCCUCUAAACCUUUGGAUUUAUGAAAAGGCUUCUUCUACUGUAACUCACUGUUUUUAUUUUAUUUUAAAGCAACCGCAUUAAAAAAAAAUACAAAUUCAGUUUACAUGCAUGGUAUAUGCAGACAAAUGUCUUAAAUCAUAAAAAAAAAAAAAGCUCCGUCUUUUUAUGUGCAGCUGUACGUCUUGAAGCACCUUGUAAAUGUUGGUACAAACUGUUCUUGAAUAGAUUUUGACUGAAAACUCAGGAACUAGUAAUUAAGCAGUUUAUAUCUCGCUUUGCCUUAUUUUUUAUUUUUUGCUCUUAAUAAUUCAGGGCUUUUAGACAAUGGAACAAACAUUGGUCUGAAAUUUCAGUGACUCUAGAGUACCCUGGAUGAUAAGCGAUUAAUGUGUGACCGAAACAUCUUCUGUUUUUGAGGAUCCUUGAAUAAACUUGGAGCUUUACUCUAGGAAUAUGAGACUUGUAUAAUAGAUAUUUUUUACACGUCUCUUUCUGUCUCCCAUUAACAAUUAUUUAAACUGGAAUUUUUUAGGGCUUUUUUCCCCCCUCUAACCCUUUGUAAUAUCUGAUUUUCCUCAAACAUUGAGUGCAUGUUGGCUACCAGAGCAUAGCAAAAGCAGGUAUUGCUGUAUUUUUCUUUAAAUCUAGCUUGGGUGAAACACAUGUGUAUGUUUUAAAAUAUGCCAUUGUCUCUGGUAUUUACCUUUCAGUUGUUCAGCUGUAGGUGUUUACAGUUUAGGUGCAGGAUUUGUCUGAUUUUAACUUAAAAUUAUUUAAACAAUGCGGGUGCGAAGUGAAGAUUGAUUCUGGGUAAUUGGAGCAUGCAUUGUGUAAUUCAUAGAGUAUUUAUUUUGUGCAUGCAGUAUGUAUGUAACGCUUGUGUUCACUACAGAUACUUGAUUACAAUAAUCCCUCUGACCAAAGCAACCAUGAAUAAUUCAGCCUUCGAAAGUAACAGAUGGUUUAAGUAAAGUGGUUGUUGAGUUAUUGCUAUGACAUGGUAACUUAAGUCUUUUUUUUUUUUUUGGCUUAACCUCUUAAUCCGCCUGUAGUGGUUAUGGUACAGGGCAUACCUUGUCACUGUGCGACAGGAAAGAUUCACACCUGCUUAAACAGUUUGACACUUACCUGGGUCUCCCUGAAGCAUGCAGUAACUUUAGCAAUAUCAUUUUUGUGUAACUUUUGAAAUUAUUCAUUGUCUGAGCGUGUCAGCGGACAAUCCAUGAAUUAUAUGAAAAGCUGCAUAAAACGACUACUAAUGCAGAAUAGUAACUUCCAUUUUUGCAACAGUGGGCUGUAGUAGCUGUGGUUCCCUGUUGUCAUUUCCAGGUAUGUUGAAUUGUUUAGAAGCAGUUUGAUAUAUAUACCAGGGCACUUCUUGGCAUCCAGGGCCAGCCCCUAUAUAAGCUCCAUUUGUAAUACAUAUCUUCAUUAUCAAAGUCUAUUUCAUCCAGUCUGGACAGUAUUGGCUGGGCACUAACCUGUUAACGGAACCUUUUUUGUUGUCCAGGCUGAACAAAAUUGAUAUUGGUAAUGCAGAAUUGUUAAAUGCAUAUUAUCAAAGUAGCUGAGAUGGGGAGCUGCCUGAAUGUAGAGGAACCCUGACUUAUAUUAAACCAUUCCCAAGUCAUUUGAUAUUAAACCCAGGGAAGAUGCUAGGGCACUCAAAUCAAUAACUGCCACAGCUUGCCGUUUUUAUAUUUAUUGAACUUGGCUAUGUGAAUCAAACGUCACUCAUAGAAUGCAUUAUACUAGGACUUGCAAAACAAAGGAAGCCGGGGAGCUAAAUAAAAACUAUACUGAUAGUUUAAUAUUUAAGACAUUUCUUUAUUUUAUAUUUUAAUAAAUGUGCCUCUUAUUUUUAUUUUAUAUUGUGUGUGUGUAUAUAUAACACAUGACAGCCCAUUAAUCUCUAAAUUCUGCAAAUGUUUAUCAGCCCCUUGUUUGACAUUGUAUUUAUGGACUUAUUUACUAAACAGUGAUUUGUCAAACAUUUAAUGCCAGUACAGCAGAUUUGAAAGGUUUCAAAUUAGGUUUUUGGGUUUUUGUUUUUGUUUGUAACUUGCUACUUUUAGCAAUUUAUUAGUAGCACUAUGUCAAAAAUACCUUCAAAUCUGAUUAAAUCCCAGCGCAAUUUAUUUACAAAUUAAGGAUUUAUUUUUUUUCCCUUUAAUAAUGAGUCCUUUCACAGCCCUUGAUCCCUAAUCCCCAGGAAACGGACUGGCGCCCUGAAAAGGUUAGGGAUGGAAUUAACAAUCUGUGCCCCAUAUUAACUGAGAUUUAAUUUGCAGAAAUCAAGCAGGUGGCUGGCACCAGGUAGAUACUUAUAUUUUAGAUUGCUGUUAUUUACUGCAGGUUUACUGAUUAACUCGUGAAAUUAAUCUGUAGUAUCUCUCCCGAAUACUGUAGACCUUGUCGAAUUGUUUUUUAUGCAAGAUCCACAAUUUUCUUGCUGCAUAAUUGUAUAAAAAUUGUGUUCUUAAGAUGUCGGUUGUAUGACUAGAAAUGGGCAUCACUCUGGGUUGGAUAUGAUCCUUCGCAAUUGCAUUGCUUUAUUAUCUAGCCAAUGAUCAAAAAAAAAAUCUGAUAACAUCCUCCUAGCUUGCUCCCUGAAUACAGUAAUGGGCAAUGUCUAAAGCAGAGACUGCAUGCUACCCGCUAGAUGCCAGGGAGAGAACCAUUUAAUCCUUCCCAUCUCUUCUGUUUGUGCCUGGAGGAGAGGAAGAAUUAAACUGGCAGUUGUCUUUGUAUGUAGAUAUAUAAAUGUGUAAUUCCUUGUACAGGCAGAGAUAUGCAAGAUUUUCUUUCUAUGUAGAUAUCUAUAGAUGAGUGGCUAAUUAUGCUUAUAUCUCUUUAUAUAUUUAUAUUUCUGUUUUACGAACGAAAUCCACUGAGAUUCAAGCAUCAUUUUUGGAAAGCUGACUGGUGGAUCACAAACUCUCAAAAAAUAUCCUGUGCACUCUCUUAAUGUAAUAGCUGUGAGCUGUAAUUCUGUAUUGUAAAGGGGCAACUGUGCAAGUAUUUUUGGGAGAGGGGAGGAUGGUUUUAUAGAUCAUAACUUGAGUUUCCGUUAAUGCAUGCUACAUUUUAAUUAGUUCAGAAAAUUUGUGGCAACUUCCUACAGAUCUGCUAGUCAUAGUCCCAUUAAAACACGGCAAUUGAUUUUCAUAUAUUUGGCAAAUGUUCUCAAAAGAAAGUGUCAAAGCUUAAUUUUUAACACACAGGUGCUGUACGGGAGUUAGACUGGUCAAUAUUUUAAGCAGUCUGGCAUUGUCAGAAUUGCACUUUGCCCUUGAGAAUAGUAAAAUGACUAGAGCUAGCCAUAAAUCAUAUGCUUAGCUACACAUAUUGUACUUCAAUGGGCUACAUUGACCUAGUUUAACUAUAUUAGACUGAAUUGUAGAGAAUUGAUAAGAUCUCACAAAAUAGCCAAAGUGGGGAAAUAAAUACCCAGCUCAUUAGCGUUUUUUGGCCUACAAUUUGCUAUUCCAUUGACAUUACCCACCUAUUCCCACAUUUGUGAAUGAUUUCUGGGCCUCAUUUUUAUACACUGAUGCCUAUAAAUGAAAGAACGAUUUAAUUUCUAUUUUAGAUCAAUACUUCUUUUUGGGUUUGAAAGAUGUUUUCUUUGCAAAUGUUAAUCUACGUAAAGGUAUUCCAGCUGCAACAGCGAUUUUCUGAAGUGUUUUAAUAAACAAUCACUGCUGUUAUGUAUGUCCUUUUAUGUUGGGGUGACUUUUUAUUGAUUUCAUGUUUUCAUUUGAGGCUGGAGAUAAAGAAUAAAUGUCCUAAACUCAGGUGUG